UUUGAUGUGGAAAUGACGUCAAAGAUAGAAAUGAACGUGCAUCUAAAGAAAGUGAGAUCUGCUUCCAUCUGCUCCAGCACAGUCUCAAUUGGGAAUUGGUCGUUGGCAAAGGACCGCAAAGGAUCAGUCCAGUCGUCUCUAGGAUUGGGAAUCCCCUUAACAGGCUUCAGUGCCUCCAGACAUGGCAGCGUGAAAGAGGAGGUAAACGAGUGUGAGAAACUGAAAGAGGAGAAAGAGACGUUGAAAGCCAAAGCGGGUCCAGUCAAGAAACCUAGAAUGGCUCAUCUCCUCAAAUGGAUCACAGCAGACAGGACGAGUAAGGCAGAUGAAUUAGCACUGCCAACGUACACAAAUAAAACAAUGGAUAUCUGUCCCUGGGACUCGGUACCACCACCAAAUGGAGAAAGCAAUGAGAGCGGAGAUAAGAUUAAAAUAGCAGAAAUCUGUCCUUGGGACACCACAUCACCGCCAAUGGAAGAAAGUAGAGAAAUUGGAGAUAAGAGUAAAAUAGCAGAUAUUUGUCCAUGGGACUCAGCACAAACUGGAGAAAGCAAAGAGAAUGGAGAUCAAAGUAACACAGCAGAUAUCUGUCCUUGGGACACAGGACCACAAUCACUACCAACUGCAGAUAGGAAAGAGGGUGGUGAGAAGAGUAAAACAGCUGAUAUCUGUCCGUGGGAUACACCAUCAUCACCGAUUGGAGAAAAUAGAGAGAAUAGAGAUCAGAGUAAAAUAGCAGACAUCUGUUCUUGGGACACAAGUCCACAAACACCUGAAUGUAGAGAGUUUACAGAUGAGAAUAAAACAGUAGAUAUCUGUCCCUGGGACACAGGACCAUCACCAACAACUAGAGAAAGCAAAGAGAGUGUAGAUCAGAGUAAACCAGCUGAGAUCUGUCCUUGGGACUCAGCAUCAGCACCAAUUGGAGAAAGUAGAGAGCCUGGAGAUCAGGGUAAAAUAGCAGAGAUCUGUCCUUGGGACACAGGAACAUCACCACUUGGAGAAAGCAAAGAGAGUGGAGAUAAAGGUAAAACAGCAGAGAUCUGUCCUUGGGACACAUCAUCACCAACAAUUGGAGAGAGCAGAGAGGUUGGAGAUCAGGGCAAAAUAGCAGACGUCUGUCCUUGGGACACAGGACGUCCAUCACUACCAACUGAAGAUAGCAAAGAGAGUGGAGAUCAGAGUAACACAGCAGAUAUCUGUCCUUGGGACACAGGACCACAAUUACUACCAAUUGGAGAAAGUAGAGAGAGUGGAGAUAAGAGUAACACAGCAGAGAUCUGUCCUUGGGACACAGGACCACAAUCACUACCAAUUGGAGAAAGUAGAGAGAGUGGAGAUAAGAGUAACACAGCAGAGAUCUGUCCUUGGGACACAGGACCACAAUCACUACCACCAAUUGGAGAAAGUGGAGAGAGUGGAGAUAGGAGUAACACAGCAGAGAUCUGUCCUUGGGACACAGGACCACAAUCACUACCAAUUGGAGAAAGUAGAGAGAGUGGAGAUAAGAGUAACACAGCAGAGAUCUGUCCUUGGGACACAGGACCGCAAUCACUACCACCAAUUGGAGAAAGUAGAGAGAGUGGAGAUAAGAGUAACACAGCAGAGAUCUGUCCUUGGGACACAGGACCACAAUUACUACCAAUUGGAGAAAGUAGAAAGAGUGGAGAUAAGAGUAACACAGCAGAGAUCUGUCCUUGGGACACAGGACCACAAUCACUACCACCAAUUGGAGAAAGUAGAGAGAGUGGAGAUAAGAGUAACACAGCAGAGAUCUGUCCUUGGGACACAGGAGCACCACCACUUGAAGAAAGCAAACAAAUUGGAGUAAAGAAUAAAACCGCAAAUUUCCGUUCUUGGGAAACAAGACCACCACCAAUUGGAGAAUGUAGAGAGAGUGGAGAUACAAGUGAAACAGGAGAGAUCUGUCCUUGGGACACAGGAAUAUCAUCAAUAACUGGAGAUAGCAAAGAGAGUGAAGAUAAGAGUCAAACAGCAGAGAUCUGUCCUUGGGACACAGGACUAUCAGCAAGUGGAGGAAGUUCAGAGAGUGGGACCACAAAAGCUGAACAUAAGUCAGGUUCAGUCUGCCCUUGGGAUUUUGAGCAGGCCGCUACGAGCGAACCUAAAAGUAAAGAUAAUGAGAAACCAAAUGGCAAGGAAGACGAUAGGGGUUCAAGCGAACCCCAAAAGGCUGACAACAUAUGUCCUUGGGAUUGUGGAUGAGAGUGAAGCUCCCAAGCUUAACGUGCGGAGGUCCCACAAAAUAUUCUCAUAUUGAUAUGAAGCCUGAGCAAGAAGUGAAAAGAACACUCGCCAGAUGCGGGCAGUUUUGAUGUGUAUGUAAUUUGUGCAACACGGCAAGCGAACUCCUUCCAAACCUUUGUGGCUAACAAUGAAUCGUGUGAAUCCCAUCCAUUACCUGUUGCACUGCACAAAAGUAACCGGAUGAGUUGCCUGAUGGCAAGGUCAAAAUGCAUUCAAAUUGUCAACCCUUCGUCUCUAUGUCGGGCAAACCACCCCCCCCA